AUGAAGGCUUUCAUCAGCAUCUCCGCUCCAACUUUGCUCCGUCACAUUUCGGCUGGAAAUUGUGAGAAUGAUCUUUGCGAGUGUUUGGAGAGGGAAUCGUAUGGAGAAUAUUCGGGGACUGAAGAUGAAAUUAAGGAGUCGUUCGGAGAAAUUUCUCUUCGGGGGGAGGAAAAAGGACUAGAAACGAACGCGAAAUUAUCCCUGUGGGAAGAGAUUUUGGGAGAGUUCAGGGAGGAGAGGAGGGAGUUUGAAGAGUGGGAGAGAGAACAGGAGGAACCGGGGUCGGAGAAAACUCCUUGUGAAGCUGUUGAAUAUCUGAAUAAGGAGAUUUUUCCGGUUUUACUGCCUGCGAUGGAGAAAAUGUUGAGGGAAGCGCGAAAGUGGAACGCGAUAGAAGAUCCGAAAUGUCGAUUUAACGGUUUGGAUUAUCUAGCUGAGUAUUUGUGGAAUAAAAAUCCGGAGCAUCCUGAGAGGCGAUUCAAUUGGACUGGAGUUUUUGAAAUUCCACCGUUCAGGCGUUGGUUACAAUCCAAUCCUAGGCCAAUUUAUCCGAAAUCAUGGCUCUGGACUAGAGACGAGGCGGCAUCGGUGAUCCAGAGGAAUGUUCGGGGGUGGAUCGUGAGGAAACGAAGGGAUAUUCAGGAAUUGAGAGAAUUCUGGAAGGCUCUUGCUGCAGAGAGAGCAGAAGGUGGUUCAUCAAUUGCUUCCAUUAAUUUAGGUAAAAUAAAAAAAAAAACACUCAAUUCCACGAUUUCAUUCAAUUGA